AUGUGGUAUUCGUACUUCUUUAUCGCUAGCGAUGUCGCCUCGUUGCUUGCGCAAGCUGCUGGAGGUGCCGUUGCUGCGGCUGCCUUGAAAAACCAUAUGGACGCGAAACCGGGAACCGAUGCUUUGAUCGUUGGUAUCGCAGUGCAAGUAUUUGCCAUGUCCAUUUUUUUUUGAUUUUCUGGUUUGAGUUUUUUACACAGGAUCUAUUUCAAAAACUCAUCCAAGUCGGCGCUGCACCCUUUGGAAGUUAGAUUAUUGGUUAAUUUUCUCAAGUUUUUAUUCAAUGCCAAAUUGGUACGAGAAUAUAGAAGCAAUCAUUUGGAACAGUUCUACAAAGUAAAGUUUGCCGCGGCGAGAGCCAAGAAGUUAUUCGGUUGGAUGCCUUUGGCUGUGACCAUUGCCGUGGUUGCCGUUUACAUUUGUUGUGUUUACCGUGUGGUGAAGUUGGCAAUGGGAUUCAGUGGUUACUUGUACGAGCACGAAGUGUAUAUCUUGGUGUUGGAUGCAGCCAUGAUUGCCACCUGCGGUAUUGUUUUCCUUCCCUUUCAUCCAAUUUGGGUCUUUGGUAAAAAGAAUAUCGUCAAGUCGGCCACGAUUAAGCAGAAUGACGACGAGCAGCCUGAUGCAGAAAUUUCAAUGUAG